AUGUUCUGGCCACGAUUACAGCUUCUGGAAAUUGGAGAUCAACCAUGGUGCCCCUCCUGGCUUCACCAGCACGAACAACUCUCCCUCACCAAGCUCUGGAAUCUGCAAGUCCCAUUCUGGAGUCACGGGAGUCUUGCAACGCAGGCAUGUAAGAUAUUCAAGGAGCAUCUGCCCAAUGUUUCAUCAUACACGGUUCUCGACAUUUGUGCCGGCUCAGGAGGACCUACUCCGGUGCUCGAGUCCGAACUCAAUGGAGAGCUCGAGGCCAAAGGCAAAGCCCCUAUUCAGUUCAUAUUAAGCGAUCUCGAUCCACACGUCGAAGAAUGGGAGCGUAUUUCGAAGAAACAGCAAAACAUUUCGUACAUUGAGACCCCAGUCGACGCCCGAGCUGUUCCUCGAAUGGGAAAAAAGAAGGAAUGCCGAAUUUUCAAUAUCUGUUUCCACCACUUCAAUGAUGAAGACGCUACGGGUAUUUUAAAGAGUGCAAUUCAGUCCGCGGAUUCGUUUAUAAUAUUUGAAGUCACUACACGGGACGUUGGGACUUGCAUAUGCUCCCCAUUGGUGUUUUUUUGGGCUUGCUUUGUAACCCUCGUUUGGUUUUGGAACUCGCCCGUGCAUAUCUUCUUCACGUUUAUUCUGCCCGUCGCGCCCCUAGGUAUUUGGAUUGAUGGCUUCAUAUCCUGCCUUAGAACACGCACGAACGAGGAAGUUCGAAGUCUCUUGGAUGAAACCGGCCUGGACCUCAGCAAAUGGACCUUCUAUAGCGGCACAAGAACGGUGCAAUGGCCUUUACUCAGCUUGAACUAUUAUGUUGGCGUCAAGUAUCAGUCGAACGACUAA